AUGCUCUUAUCAACUAGAAGGAAGAAGCCAGAGGAGUAUUCAACCAAUCCCAACACAGUGAGAGCUCGUGCUCGAAAGGCUAAACUUGACCCCUACACUCGAGAGAUGGAGCAAGCAAAUGCUUCCGACACCAAGGCCAUCGCUCGUGCCUGGACAAUAAUUACCAACCAACAGGAUUACAAGGACGCACCCAAGGAAGUGCGCGAGAAGAUGCUACAGCAGGCCGAAAAGGAGGUCAUGGAGCGCCGAAGGCGCAGGGGACUAGAUAAGGAUUCCAAGAUUGAGCGAUUCUUGAAGCUAAAUGCAACUGACGUGGUCAACGACACUCCUUCUACAUCCAGCCCCGUUCCCGGUUCGAUGCAGGACCUUGACAAUAGCUUCGCUCAAGAGCCCCAACAGCACACACAGCCAGUCGACCCGAUGCAUUCUGCUUCUUUCACAGCCGCCCGACCUGGUGAAAUCCGUUCUGUUUCAGCCGACUCAUACGGCGGUCAGUCUGUACCAAAUGUAGAAGGGCAGCUAAUCUUCCACAAUGUCUACCUUCCGCAACAGCGUGAGCAGCAAGCCCAGACCGAGGCACUAGGGCAGGACAAUCGUUCGGCCCAGCAUCUCUGCACACACGAUUGCGUUCAGCAGAUAAAUCAAACCAGCAACAUGGCUGAUUCUGCUGUCAUAGCUAGUUUGCAGGCUACCGUUCAGAGACAGGAACAGUAUAUGCAGCAGCUCGCUGGGGCUAUCCACAGUCUGGCAAACGACGUUGUUCUUAUCAGGAGUGCCUCCCGUGAGCAGGAAGCUCGCGUAGCAAGCAUGGAAUCCCAGAUGAAGAUCUUUUACGAAAGCUCGUCACGUACACAUGAUCCCGAGGCCGCAUACGCACGCCAGGUUUACAAACUUGAGCAAGUCCUUUCCGGCAUACAAAGAAUCACGAGUGUCACUUCAGAGGUCUGCAACUCUUUCGCCGCCAACACCCACGGUCUAUCCGAAGGUCGUGGCGUCGGCCAUUCAUGGGCCGGAGGAUUUGAAGGUGUUCCCAUCAACCAUGGAAAUGUCGAAGCCAGUAUUCAUCAUCCUGAAGGUGGUUCCACCAACACAAGUCAGUUUCAUCAUUCCGGUAUGGUUAGUACCAAAGAAAAAGACAGUAUCGCACAUCUCGAAGAAGAAGAAGAAGACAGCAAGCAGAGCAUUCAAGAUAUCUCUGCUGAGAACUAA